AUGCUUUCCGAAGGUACUCUCAAGGUCACUGUUCACUCUGCUCGCCACUUGGCUGAUGUCGAACGUGGUGGUCGCCGUCGCAACGAUCCCUAUGUCAAGCUCUCUUUGAGCCAUGAGAAUGAAGACUCUUACCAACGUACUGAAGUUAAGGAGGAUGCUGGUCCCCAAGCCAGCUGGGAUGAGACUUUCGAGUUCUCUUAUGGUGGUGAGCCCAACUUGUUCGUUGAGAUCUUUGACAAGGAGGCCGGUGUCGACGAGCUUAUUGGCUUCACUGCUAUUCCUUUGUCUCAAGCUCCUGUCAACGGUAUCUUCAACCUUUACACUAUCAAGGAAGAACCCGCUGGUGGCAUUCAUCUUUCCAUCAACACUGAAGAGUCUGAUGACCCCCGUGAAGCUGAAUCUUUCAUCCAAGAUGAGCACAAGCGCCGUAUGGAGAAGCACCACCACAAGGAAGUUGCUGAAGAUGCCGUCAAGGGUGUUGCUGCUGCCGCUGCUGUUGGUGGUCUUGGUUUCUUCGGCAAGAAGCUCUUUGAUGAAUGGAAGGCCAAGAAGGAAGCCGAACAAUAA